AUGGACCUGCUCCCGGCCCAGGAAGCUGCCAAAAUCUACCACACCAACUACGUGAGAAACUCCCGGGCCAUAGGCGUCAUGUGGGGUGUGUUCACCAUCUGCUUCGUCAUCAUCACGGUGGUGGUCUUCAUUCAGCCUUUCUGGAUCGGGGACAGCGUCAACACCCCCCAGGCUGGAUACUUCGGUCUCUUUCACUACUGCAUCGGCAAUGCGCUCACAACGGAACUCAUCUGCAGGGGCAGCCUGCUGGACUUCGGCUCAAUCCCGUCUCCGGCCUUCCGCACGGCGAUGUUCUUCGUGGGCACGUCCAUGCUACUGGUGGUUGGCACCAUGGUAUGCUUCAGCCUCUUCUUCUUCUGUAACGCCGGCAGCGUCUACAAGAUCUGUGCCUGGAUGCAGCUGGCCGCGGCUGUUUUGAUGGUGAUGGGCUGUUUGAUCUACCCGGAUGGCUGGGACGCCCCGGAGGUGAAGGAGAUGUGUGGCCAGAAGACUGAUAAGUACAGCCUGGGGGACUGCACGGUGCGCUGGGCCUACAUCUUGGCCAUCAUCAGCAUCUUGGAUGCACUACUCUUAGCCUUUCUGUCCUUCACUCUUGGUAACCGGCAGGACAAACUGCUGCCAGAAGACUUUGAGUUGGAGGGGGCAGAAAACCCCUAAAGCGAGCAGGCCUCAAGCAGCAGGACUUGGAUGCAUGCUGAAGACCUUCAAAUAUGCCUUACAGAGCAUUCUAGUGGACCCUGUUAUUAAACUAAACAAAACUAUAGUUAGGUUUUCAUUAAGCAGAAUGGAAGUGUCACACUGCCGAUAUUUGACACUAAAAACUUAACAGUUCAGAGAAGCAAACUGGACACAGUGGCGUGUUCUGUAGGCAACAUCUAUUUUAUUCUACAAUGUGUUGUACAGUUUCACUCACACAACUCUAUGUACUUUUGGAUUACGUUGACAUGACCAGUUCCUAACAGAAUGGACUUCCACGCUCACAAUAAAAGGUGGUAUUAUUGAUGAGUUGGCCACACAUACAACCAAGCACAAACAUCUUCCAUCCAUUUAUUAAAACACAG